AUGAGCUGCUUCUCUCUGUGUUCUGGAAUUCAGUUAUUUUCAAUCUUUCUUCUUUUUUUUUUCUUGAAAUUGCAGCCUGCAGAAAUAGAUGUACUGAUAGGAAAGGAUAGAGAAGGAUUCUUCACUAAUGGUCUAACUGCUGGAGGAAAGAAAUGCUCGGUGAUCAGAGACAGCCUCUAUGUUGAUAAUGAUUACACAAUGGAUAUCAGGACAAAAAGUCAAGGCGGAGAACCAACAUACAACAUUGCUGUAGGCAGAGCUGCCAGAGUUUUGGUCUUCGCAAUGGGUAAAGAAGGAGUCCACGGUGGCGGCUUGAAUAAAAAGGCAUUCGCAAUGGCGAAAUACUUGAGAGAUAUGGGAUUCUAG